UCCUGCUCGGCGCCCCCACAGAACGCAGCAGCCGCACGCAACGCCAAGUCCCAACCCCUUCCUUCCCUCCUCCCUCCCCCCCACGCGCCGCGCCGCGCCGCGCCGCGCCGCGGCGAGAUCCCGAUGGCGUCGCGCCGCCGCACCCUCCUCAAGGUCAUCAUCCUCGGGGACAGCGGGGUUGGGAAGACGUCCCUGAUGAACCAAUAUGUGAACAAGAAGUUCAGCAACCAGUACAAGGCCACGAUUGGCGCCGAUUUCCUCACCAAGGAGGUCCAGUUCGAGGAUCGGCUCUUCACUUUGCAAAUAUGGGAUACUGCUGGCCAGGAAAGGUUUCAGAGUCUUGGUGUUGCCUUCUACCGUGGAGCGGAUUGCUGUGUUCUAGUUUAUGAUGUCAAUUCCAUGAAAUCUUUUGAUAACCUUAAUAACUGGCGUGAGGAAUUUCUAAUUCAGGUAUUGUGCUUUCUUGUAAUUGGCCAUGGAUCAUGUCAUUUGUCUCACUUUGGAUGUUUAACUUUACAGGCAAGCCCAUCAGACCCUGAUAACUUCCCUUUUGUUCUUUUGGGUAACAAAGUUGAUGUAGAUGGUGGCAACAGCCGUGUGGUCUCUGAGAAGAAGGCAAAGGCAUGGUGUGCCUCUAAAGGGAACAUCCCAUACUUUGAGACAUCUGCCAAGGAUGGAACAAACGUGGAGGAGGCUUUCCAGUGCAUUGUGAAGAAUGCUUUGAAGAAUGAGCCAGAGGAAGAACUGUAUGUGCCGGACACCGUGGAUGUGGUGGGUGGCAACCGGGCCCAAAGAUCAUCAGGCUGCUGUUAGAACAUGACGCACCAUGAGUGCUGAGACUGUUGGCUAUGCAGUAACAGGACCUACCUUUGGACAAUUGCUGUGUCUCCAUGGUGAUCCAAGAACCCGUAUUCCAUUCGUAAACUUUUCAAUCACCUCUUAUGUACCCGGUUAAGAUUGAUGCGUCUGCCCCGAUUUGUCAAAAUUGUGGAUGCUGUGCAGUUUAUCAGUAGCGUCAUAUCUUGUGAAUACAAUCGUCGAAAUAAGUGAAGUGUAAACUGAAGUUUCUCCAUUAUGUUUCACUGCCGAACAAACAUGAAUUUAUUUUGCCUGCAUUGAAGCUA